AUGACUGCAUGCUGUGGCGAUGUCUGUCAGGGCGGUACAGACGAACGCUUAGCACAGGUUGAUCUGGGUCGCAGGACGGUGAGCCGACGACUUCUUCACACAAUGCAACAGUUUUCACUCCGCGGAAAUCCUCUUUGGUUUCCGGUGAGACCAUUUCAACACUUCCUUUCAAUCGAAUUGACCUUCGCAAUGGAAAUUAUUAUCACACCAACUCAAUAG